GGCGAAUCACGCAUUCGAGGUGGCGUGAUGGAGAGCUUGGAUGACCCACGCUUCCGUGCCCAUCGCGAUGAGGACUUUCUGCGCGACAACCCGCUGGACAACACCAAUAUCAUGCAAUGUGCUCAUCCACGGCACUGACAGACUGACACUCACACGGACAAACAAUGAGUGAAUGAGUGAGUGUGCUGUCUUGGCUGAGUGCAGAUUUCUACGGUUCACCAUUUUACGACUCGUCGGCGCUGAACGAGCGGCUGCGGCGAGGCGAAGAGGUGCCUGAGUGAGUCAAACAGACAAGCAGAGAGCGGCGAGACAACCGCUGUGACUCAUGCGAGUGUGUUUGCUUGCGUGUGUGUGUUUGCAGUGAUUUGGAUGGCGUCGAGUAUCGCGUGGUGCAGUCGAUUCCCAUGGAGGAGCUGCAGCAGCGGGGACUCAUCACCUUCUCAGACCUCUGGAUCAUCGCCAAAUUGACGCGAAAGGCCAACGUCACGCACCCUACAAACGUACACUGACCGACUGACUGACUCACUCGUGGGUUGCUGCCUCACCACUGGUUGUGUGCUGCGUGGUCUCUCUGUGUGUGUGUGUGGUGCAGACGUAUUACGUGUUGGACAGUGUGAUUUACGAGGCGCCAUCUCUGCUGCGGCUGCUCAACAAACGCCUCACGGACACGGCCACCAGCCUCGGUCGGUCAGCAGCCGAGAUCGAUGCCCACUCUCUGUAUGUGUGUUGAUCUGUGUGUGUGGUUCAGAUGAGUGGUUUGAGACGGUGAGGGGGCUGUGGCGCUUCUCGCUUAGUCACGGCUACGAGUGGCGCACCGAAGGCACCACACGGACCGCUGCCAAGGAAGGCGCCCACCGGGCGUCAAAGCAGAGGAGGACUUACCCUGCCGGUGUGGACAUAUCGCUCUGCACCUUCAAGCGGCGCCGCUUCACCUUCCUCGCAGACGCACUCCACAGCCGGGCCGCACGAUUCGCCAGGGACAAACAAACGUGAGCCAUCCAUCCAUCCAUCCAUGUGUGUGACAUCGGAUGUGUGUGUCUGUGUGUAGGUUUGUGGAUGAGCAUCGCGAGUUCUGCUCUCAGCCGCCGCAGAAUGAGUUCUAUGGGCUGCAGGCCGCCAUGCCGGCCCCAGCUGGAGACCAACAGACACAGAGCGGCGCCCCAAUUGCUGCUGCUGCUGCUGCUGCUGGUGUCCGUGUUGCUGACCAUGAUGUGCAGAGUUAGCUGGAUCGAUCAGUGUGUGUGUGUGUGUGUGAUGUAUAUACUAGUGUGACGACCUCUGAUUGACUCGU